CUCCGAGUGAGGUUGCAAAGUUAACAAGUUUGUGGAGGUGUUUUUAAAUAUUUUGAUGGUGAAAUGGAAGGAGAACCCACUGAGUUAACUCGCAGAGAGCAUAUUAGAUAUCUUAAGCAGUUUCUAAAAUUAUUACCUGACACCUUGUCAUCCUAUGAUUCAACUAGGUUGACUAUAGCUUUUUUUUCUAUAUCCGGUUUAGAUGUGCUUGAUGCAUUAGAUGAAAUAAAGGAUUCUAAAGAAAAUAUCUGCAAUUGGAUUUAUAGUUUACAAAUUUUACCAGAUGCAGAUGGUAAUAUGGAUAGAUGUGGUUUUCAAGGAAGUGAUACUUUCACUAUACGUGUAGAUGACAGCGUUCAAUCUUGUAAUAAACAGUUUACAAGUGGUCAUCUUGCUAUGACUUAUACUGGUCUAGCCUCACUUUUGAUAUUAGGUGAUGAUUUAUCGAGAGUCAACAGAAAGGCUAUAAUUAAAGGUGUAAGAAGCCUGCAACAAGAUGAUGGAAGUUUCUGUGCAACACAAAUGGGAAGUGAAAAUGACAUGAGAUUUGUCUACUGUGCUGCCGUAAUAUGUUAUAUUCUUCAAGAUUGGUCUGGAAUGGACACUGAGAAGACAAUUGAAUAUAUCAUGAGAAGCAUGUCUUAUGACUACGGUUUUGGUCAAGGACCCGAACUUGAAUCGCAUGGUGGUGUAACAUACUGUGCUGUUGCAGUACUUUCUUUGAUGGGCAAACUUCACAGUGUCCUCAAUGUAAAACAGCUGGAAGGUCUAAAGAGGUGGGUACUGAUGCGACAGGUGACAGGUUUCCAAGGCAGGGCUAAUAAACAAGAAGAUACCUGCUACUCUUUCUGGGUCGGUGCCACGAUACAGAUGUUGGAGAUCUUCGAUAUGAUAGAUUUUGCUGAAAAUAGGGCAUACAUUAUGACAACCCAAGAUAGUCUGACUGGAGGAUUCGCCAAAUGGGAAGAUUACAUUCCUGAUCCCCUUCAUACAUAUUUAGGUCUUAGUGGUCUAAGUUUAAUGAAAGAAAAAGGACUCCUAGAAAUAGACCCUGCAUUGAACAUUACACAGAGAGCAGCGAGGUAUUUAAAAAAAAUUCAAGGAACCUGGGAAUGAUGCAAGAUACAUUCUUAUAAUUAAUAUACUCGUAUCAUAUCUAAAAUUUACUGCCAUGAAAAAAAAAAAAUUAAGACAAGUGAAUGUCAUAACAGGAAAAAAAUUUCCUCUGUUGUCAUUAUAAUCUUAUUUAUUCUUAUCAAAAAAUGGAGUUAAAGCCAAUUUGCCUUAAGAAUAAUUUGUUUCGCCUAUGAGUUAUCGAGACAAUAAAAGUACUAUUGCACAAAAAAUUAGCAGGCAUUUUAUAAAAGGAAUUUCAAUACAUUGAUUCUUUAUUGUUAAUUUUUAAAACAUGGUCAAAACUCAAUAUGUUUUGCUUGAAGGGUUAUCAAUUUCAGAAAGUUUAGAAUAUUUUCAGGAAUAUAACUUAUGAAGGUUGAGUCCAUUGACUAUUGAAUUUAAACUGGUGAUUUUCUUAAAAACCUUUUUCUAUUUAUAUCUAUAAUACAAAUUUAUAUUUAAAUAAUUUCAAUUUAUAUCACAUACAUUUCUAGGGCUUGAGGCAAGAAUAUUACAAACAACAUGAUAUUAAUUUUUCAAUAUGAGAAUUUCUAACUUUUGGAAAAUUCUAUAAUUCUUAUCGAAUAUUUUACACAGUUCAUA